AUGUGCGAACUCCACCUUUACUGGUGUCCAGGGUGCGGGUCGAGGUGGCAGAGACGCAAGAGACUAGCGAGUUGCGAGGGCAGCGAUCAGGCUUCCAAGUGCCCAGAGAGUCUCUGCAUGUAUGUCGGAAAUCCCAAGAGGCCUAGGCGAGGCGAGUGCGAGACCUGCGCGAGUGUAAGAGAGGCUGUUGGGGGGUUUGGCGAAGAGGUAUAUUUCACAUGA